AAAGGAAGGAAGGAAGGAAAGAGCGUCGACAGGUGAACAUGCUGUAGAUUUGCUCAUUUUGCCGAUUUUCUGUGCAAUUGCAUCCUAGGUUUUCACUCCCUUAUACACCUUUGGAAGGAGCUCACUAUGACAGGGCAGAGUCUGAGGGCUUUGUCUGAAGCAAAUUUUGAAGACAAUGAGAUCAGCAUCAAUGUUGGAGGCUUUAAGAAAAAGAUGCGAUCCAACACAUUAUUACGGUUCCCUGAGACCAGGCUGGGCAAACUGCUGAGCUGCCACUCAAAGGAGUCCAUACUGGAGCUCUGUGACGACUACGAUGACACCAAGAAUGAAUUUUAUUUUGACAGGAACCCUGAGCUCUUCCCUUAUGUGCUACAUUUCUAUAACACCGGCAAGCUCCAUGUGAUGGGCGAACUCUGCGUGUUUUCUUUCAGCCAGGAGAUUGAAUACUGGGGAAUCAAUGAAUUCUUUAUAGACUCCUGCUGCAGUUACAGCUACCACGGGAGGAAAAUGGAACCAGACCAAGAGAAAUGGGAGGAACAAAGUGACCAGGAAAGCACCACGUCUUCUUUUGAUGAGAUUUUGGCAUUCUACAAUGAUGCCUCUAAAUUUGACAAGCAACCCUUUGGAAACAUCAGGAGGCAGCUCUGGCUCGCUUUGGAUAAUCCUGGGUACUCGGUCCUGAGCCGAAUCUUCAGUGUCCUUUCAAUAGUGGUGGUGCUGGGCUCCAUUGUGACCAUGUGCCUGAACAGCCUCCCAGACUUUCAGAUCGUUGAUAGCAACGGGAACCCUGAGGAGGACCCUCGCUUUGAAAUCGUGGAACACUUUGGUAUUGCAUGGUUCACGUUUGAACUGGUGGCGAGGUUUGCAGUAGCUCCUGACUUUUUAAAAUUUUUCAAGCAUGCCCUGAAUUUGAUUGACCUAAUGUCUAUCCUCCCAUUUUAUAUUACCUUAAUUGUCAACUUGGUGGUGGAAAGUAGUCCAACUUUAGCAAAUUUAGGCAGGGUUGCACAAGUCCUGAGACUCAUGAGGAUCUUUCGCAUCUUGAAGCUUGCUAGACACUCCACAGGUCUCAGGUCUCUUGGAGCCACCCUGAAGUAUAGCUACAGAGAGGUGGGGCUUCUUUUACUGUACCUCUCUGUUGGCAUCUCCAUUUUCUCGGUAGUGGCUUACACCAUUGAGAAAGAAGAGAACGAGGGGUUAGCCACCAUCCCUGCUUGUUGGUGGUGGGCUACCGUUAGCAUGACCACAGUUGGCUACGGGGAUGUUGUGCCAGGGACCACUGCUGGCAAGUUGACAGCAUCUGCAUGCAUCCUAGCUGGCAUCCUCGUGGUAGUGCUUCCCAUUACACUGAUCUUCAAUAAAUUCUCCCACUUUUAUAGGCGUCAGAAGCAGUUAGAGAGUGCCAUGAGAAGCUGUGAUUUUGGUGACGGCAUGAAAGAAGUUCCGUCAGUCAACUUAAGGGACUACUAUGCUUAUAAAGUGAAAUCCCUUAUGGCCAGUCUUACCAAUAUGAGCAGGAGUACCCCCAGUGAGCUGAGCCUGAAUGAUUCAUUGCAUUAGUGUACAGGUUUGACAGCCGUUUGCAUGAGAGCUAUCAAGAGCUAUGUUUUUAAAUGUUUUCCUAUUUGUCUUCUUUUUUUCCUAGAGGAUAGUGUUGCUGACACUGCACUAACUUUGCACUUGAGAAACUGAAGACAUUUCUAUCACAAGUUGACAGUUUGCACAUUUUCAUCCUUGUUGCAUAGGCACUAAAUGCUGACUUUUCCAUACAAACGUUACCACUCCCAUGACGUUAGUGCUAGCGGUAAAGUGAUGAUCUGUUACUUUGUGCAUUUCCUCAUCUGAGCAGAGAAAUGAACACACCCAGGUGGAAUAAAAAUUCUCAGCUGACGUGAGUCAGUGACAUGAAUAAUGAAAAAAAUCACCUAUCACCUCCACUGGUACCUGUACUAGCAUAGGACUUCCCAUGCAUUUUACAGCAGUUUAAAACAAUCACCUGCAAAUCACUGACACGGGAACACUCUUCCCCGUCUUUCUAACUGGUAAUUCUGAUCAUCACGUGUCUGAAAACACCUCUGAGCUUCACAUUUCAAUGGAAAUUUGCUUGCUCUUGAGCAUGUGUGUUAAAAACUGGGUGUUCUUGUUCUGAAAUGUUAUGUAUGGUAAUAUAUUUCAGAAGCUCCUAAGCAUAGACCUACCUCUGUUUCCAAGAUUAGACCAAACCUGAGCCCUCUGAAGAAGCCCACCCCUUGUUUUCAGAUAGCUACAUAGUCAAACACUCCAUCUCCACAAGUGACUCCAGGUACAGAGGCCCAUGAAGACAUCUCAGGUUCCCAUUUCCAGAAGCGACUUGCACACAGCUCGGUUCCAGUGAAGCUGAAGAUAUGCUGUAUUUCAGCCCAUCAAAAUGGUUCUGAGAUUAGACACACAAAAUCGUGGGGUUUCAAUAAUUAGAAGCUCCAAUGAAAAGCUUGGAUUUGUUUAAUGAAGCGACAUGAACAGUACAGGCAGCAUUUUAGGAACUGACAUUCAUAUACUGCAAAAAGACUAAUUAUAAAGAUGCCAUAUGUGAUGCUGAGAUAUAAAAUCUAAUUUUAUCAGGAAAGCUUGAAAGCAGGUGUUGAUGGCAGACAAUUCCAUUAAGCUUUCUGCCAAGGAAACUCUAAGGAAAAAAAAAAGCCCUGUAAGUCACAUUUCUCUCAGAAAGAAACUCACAACUUAUGGCUAAGGAAGAGUAUAAGGGCUUAAGAAAGGAACAGAUAAUGAAAAAGAGCUUAAUACUGUACUCACUGUGGGCAGAUCCUCCUACCUGCUGCUUCUGUGAUGUAGUCAAUUUAAAUCCUUUCAAUGGCUGGCCUGUACUUUUUUUUUUUAAUUAAAAAAAAAAAAAGACUUGAGAGAGCAGAUCACCCCUUAUCAACCCCUAUGCAAUUGCACAGAGAUCAAACACUUGUAGCCAACCUGCAGAAGCCACUGCUUCCCUUUCUUUAUACUUCUAGGGAUCUGUGCUAUAAAACAAAUUACUGGCACUCAGUGGGCAGAACAGCAUUUCUCUUCAGAUCCUGCUGCUUUUCCAUCCCAUUCAUUACAUAUAAUGUUCCAAUUAAUUGCUUUUUAAUUUUAUUUUUUUUGUUUUACUUGUCAAGACUGGAGAGGUUCAGAAAAUAAAUUCAAACUAAUUAGAAGAGAAAUUAAAAUACUAAAGCUAAAAUUGUCAUGUUUGGAAGGCUGUGUUUGUAUAUCACAACAAGGAGUGGCCAAACUGGCAGAAUAAAGCAAAUAUGGCACGAAGAGGUAAUUCCUUUUCUUAGGCUGUUAGAAGUUGCUGUCUGGUCUGGGUCUUUUGAUGUUACUGCUGUAUCAGCUCUACCUAAAUGCAGAAAGCUGAGCACCCAGGAUCUAAUUCCUGUAUGCCCCAUAAUCUAUCAUCACAGAAUAUACUGUGAAAUAACUUACCUGCCCACACCAUUUCCUUUGACCAUCCUCCUCUCAAGUCAGUCAGGAGUUGAUUUAGGCCAUGAAGUGUGAGGGAAAUGGGUAUUUUCUAACCUUACCAAAUAAACCUCUUGGAGAUUUCAACAUGGUAUGCACAAGUUAUAAAGUCAAUAGGCAAGGCAAGGGACUUGCUGUCCCUGAAAGUCAAAAAGCCAAAUAUAUAUGGCCCUGAAGGUAGACCUAGAUAACCCAAAUCAGGUGUCCAAACUGGAAACAUUUAGCUAAGGUUUUCACUUCUGGAGGGUUGGUUCAAGUUCUCUGCUGGGUCACAGGCAUAAACUCAGUAGUCUUGUCCCUGAUUCAUAUUGCAUGCGUGUCAACUAUCACAAACCUACAAACACCCACCCCAAACGUGGCACAGCACCAGGUUCCCUGUUGGAUUGAAACACCGUGAGAGAAAUAAGGCAAAGGAAGAGAUGGGCUUGAGCAGCACAUCAUGGGCUACUGCUGGGUUCUGUACUGCAAGGGUGGCAAACCACCCCACUGAUGUCAAGGACACUGCAGGUGCUCACGAGCUCUGUUGGCUUUGGGCCUUCAGAGAACCCAGCUCCCAGCAGCAGUUUUAUCUCGGUUUCACAAGCAGUAGAUGCACAGAGUUGAAAACCAGUGACCUUCAGGGCAGUUAUUUGAAGAGACCUGUAAACUUGCCAAAGAGUCACAAAUUCCCUCAGCUGUUGCUACUUUAGCAUUGCAAAGCCUGGAUCCAAACUUCGCAGCACGUCAUUUCAAUAACCUAUAGCUUAUCUUACGUUCUAGAUUUAUUAUUAUUCGUAGGGCUGAUGCUCUGUCAUUUCUGCAAAUAUUGAAUGGAAUGUGUCCAAAUUGCAUUCUACUAAAGAAAAUGAAAUACCCCAAGGAAUUAUGACUUUUAUUGUACUGGUUGAAAGGAAUUUUCAUUAUUGCUUUUUUAUAUAAGUGCUUUGGAUCAAAGACACUAAAUAAAUAAAGUACUGAAAUUUAAUAUGUCCUUAUUAUCAUGACAAUGACUUUACACAGUACACAGGAAUUCCCUUCAUAAACUUAACUAACUCCAUGUUAAAAGCAGUCAGAUUUUUGCUCCCCCUCCUCCGGAAGAGCAUUCCAGAGCUGCACUGCUCUCCAAGGCUUGUGUGACUUUCAGCAUAGUUUUAUUAAUUGUUGCUUUAUAUCAGUUUUUUCCUGAUGCCACCACUGUUCUUCAGCUUAAAUAUUUCGUUUUCCUCUUAGUGUUUGCAUGCAUGGUGCAUUUACAGACAGCAACCAUACGCCUUUACAUGCUUAUUUUCACAGGAUUACACCUGCCAAGCUUCCUUUUAGUUUUCCUUUUGCAAGUCAUGUUCCCCUGACCAUUAAUUCUGCUGUGAUUUAAUCUGUUUGAGCCAGCAUUGUACACUAUUGUAUUGCUUUGUACAGCAGUUUUAAUAUUUGCUUAUGACUAACAGAAUUUUUCACUGAGGAGGGUUGCUCUGAUUUCAGUAAGGGUAUUGCCUCAGCUCCCCCAAAAUAUCUAGGUAAGGAAGAAUGAGGCACACCCUUCCUACCAUUUUAUGAAGUACCUCUAUUCUAGGGCGCAGUCCAGUAACCGCUGCGAAUCCUCAUCUCUCAAUGAGUUAAAAUUAGAGAAAAAUGUUUAUGCUUUGAAGGAAAAAUUCAAUCUCUCCAGAGCCUCAAUGAGGAGAAGAGGUGGUGCACUUUUUGAGUAGUCAAUACUUUUCCCAGACUUCUUCAAUCACUGUUUUGUAAACGCAGGGCGUCUUCACUUCUAGAAAACAGCAGGUGAGAAAUGAAGGACGAGUGGACUAAUUGGCCAUUUUCUCCAGUAUUUGAAAGUUGAAAAUUGUUGUGGUCCUAAAUCUGCUUACUGUGGAUGAAUGAAUGUUCAAUGAAGAGCACUGCACUUGUCAGGUGCUCCUUCUGCCUUGUGAUGGUCACCUUCCCAGCACCGGUGAAAAUGCUGCUCCUGCUCUCUUUCGGCUGAGAGCUUUGAAUCGCUUAAAUGAGGAUUAGGGUAAUAUUUCAAACAAGGCAACUUACUUUAUUGCCAGGAAUAAACUGUUAGAGAAUCUUGAUUUCUAGUACAAAUCUAGGCUAUUAUGAGAGUCAGAGAUGUCCUUGAGAAGCAAUAUGUUACAUUAUUUUCCUGAGAUGCAAAAUCUAUAUAUAGAUUGUGAUUAAGCAUUUUAUGUAUGUUCAGAUUUUGUAUUAUUGCCUGGUUUAUUAUUCACUAACUUUCAUCAGUUGCUAAUUCUCUCUUUUCCUGCAGACUACUUUAUCUGUUCUGAAAGCAGACUGUUUUUUCCUCACAUAUUAUAUAUAGCAUGAGCUACUUCACAUUGCAAACUUGAAAAAAAAAAAAGAACUUUGCAUUUGAUUUUCCAACUUUAAUACCUCUAGUAUUUGUACCGUUUUGUACAGAACUUUAUGACACUGCAGGGAACUGCUGUAUCUGGUGCUCUUUGUACUGCAUUUCUUGUCCCAGUAGUGUGUAACACACUCAAGAACUCAGCUUUGUCCCACAAAAUGGAAAUUAAAUGCAUAAAAAAGUAUAUUUCA